CCCGCGGUGCUGUAGUUGAGUUGGCUGGCUGGUUGCCUGUUAUACAGAUGGGAGGAUAGUAGGAGGAAGAAGACCAAAGAGUAUUAAUUGGUGUGGAGAAGCAGUUACAGAAGCUGAAGAACAUGGGAGUACACUGCUGUGACUUCAUAAAACAACAUGCAUGUUUUGAAAGCGAUUGACACAGAUGCCUAAGUAUUCCUGAUGUCACAAUGUGUUGCUGGUUAGAAAUGGUUACCUGGAAGACAAAAUUAUUCACGGUUGUUUAAUCAGUGAAGAGAAAAAAAUGCAAAAAUCCUUGGGAUUAGGCUGUACAAACAUCUUCUAGCCUUGUGAGGUGAUAGAAAUAAAGUCUAAGUGUUGGAUAGCAGUAUGACCUUCCUUAUUCUCAACGAACCCAUCAGGAACUCAAAGAGUACACAUGAUCAACAGUUGUCCUAUGUCUCCAAUGCCAUUUCAGUCCGACAGGUUUAUGUCAUUUCUACAAACCAUGGUGUCAUCAGGAUUUUCCAAGCUUCAGGAAGAACGACUUGUAAUAUCAGAACUCAACAAGCCAGAUGGUUUGCAGUCUAAUUUUAGGUCUGAUCCUACUCACUUGGAGAUCCGUCGACAUUCUGACAGAGGGCAAACUUCAUCUUCUUUCUGUGAAAAUGGUGACUGCUCAUAUUCAGAGACUGAUGCCAUGCUUCCUCAAGGAAGGCUGUCAGAAGAGGAAGACGAGACUGAGAAUACAGUUACAGCCCACAGAAAAAUGCCUAAAGAAUCUCCUAUUGCAAUGGCUCUCCAGAUUCUCCUGCCAUUUCUUUUGGCAGGAUUUGGCACAGUGUCUGCUGGCAUAGUACUUGAUGUAGUUCAGCACUGGGAGGCCUUCAAGAAUAUCACUGAAAUUUUCAUCUUGGUUCCAGCACUUCUAGGUCUAAAGGGUAAUCUAGAAAUGACUUUGGCAUCAAGGUUAUCUACUGCUGUAAAUGUUGGGAAGAUGGACUCACCUAUUGAAAAAUGGAAUCUAAUACUAGGAAAUCUGGCACUUAAACAGGUCCAAGCAACUGUUGUAGGAUUUCUUGCAGCACUGGCAGCUGUAAUUCUGGGCUGGAUCCCAGAAGGCAAAUUUCAGGUUGACCAUGCUGUACUUCUGUGUUCAAGCAGUGUUGCUACUGCUUUCAUUGCUUCUCUUUUGCAAGGUAUUAUCAUGGUUGGUGUUAUAGUUGGAUCCAAGAAGACUGGAAUUAAUCCUGACAAUGUUGCCACCCCAAUUGCUGCAAGUUUUGGGGAUCUUAUAACUCUUGCUAUUUUAGCAUGGAUCAGCCAGGGUCUUUACAAUUGCCUAGUGCCAUACCCCUAUAUUUCUUCAUUAGUAUGUGCCGCCUUCUUGGCUUUGACGCCGCUGUGGAUCAUUAUUUCAUCAAAACACCCUGCAAGUCGUACACUACUGUACUCUGGAUGGCAGCCUGUUAUUACAGCCAUGAUAAUAAGCAGUGAACCUUCAUUUCAAAGAUUUACAAUAGAUGCAAGAUUGGAGGGAGGAAGGGAAGAUGCAUUGACCAACUUCAGUGCAUGGCUUGAGAUACAGAACGACGUGGUGGAGAGGAAGAUUACCCUUCCUCCCAAUGACCGAAUACUGUGUCUGACCACGGCUGACACUGGGAGAACCCUACGCAGAGUCAACCCACGGAAGGCUGCUUGA